UUUCAGAGCAGUUGGUAUUUCUUUUGCUAUCUUUAACUUCAUAACGGGACGAAAUGUCAAAAUUGACAUUGCAAAAAAUUGGUAUUUAUUUUCUCCCAUGGUUAUUCUCGAUCGUUGUAAACUGCUCAACAGCUACAGUUUUAAACAGAUUUUAUCACUCUGGUAACGACGACAUGGUUGACAAUGGCGCUCCACAAUGGUUCUUCGCCAAUCCAGCACUUAUAAUCGCCAAAAAGCAAAUGAGUGAACGAGUUGUUAAUUCACUGCUAAGAAAUGCAUGGAUUGGUUAAUUUGCAAGCUCUUCCAGGUCGAUGAUGUAAUCAGUAUCAGCAGAGACGGAUGGAGUGCUAUGCGAGGUCACAUACUUAAUUUUCAGAAGAAUUUUGAACUUCAAAUAAAAUUAAAUAAUUUUUCUGUAUUAACUCUUUGGACGGGUGAAUCCUGCACGAGAAUAGCAAAGAAUAUUUUGGAUGAUUUGAUAAGAUUGAAUGAAUUAAAUAUGAGC